UUUGUGAACUUAAUAACCAAUUUAUUGCAGACUUUGAAGAGUGUGAAGCCAACGUUAGAACCACUUUUAGUUUGGGUUUGGAUUCAAGUUUAGAAGUAAGUGAAGAUAUUCGUGAACCUUUAGGUUUAGAAUUAGAUAAUAGUUGUAUGGGUUCGAACGUAAGUGAAGUUAAUACUGGAUCUACUUUUGGUCUGGAAUUAGAAUUGGAAGGUGGUAUGGAUCCGGAAGUAAGUGAAGAUAAUUCUGGGCCUGUCUUGGGGCUUGAAUUAG